CCGGUCGUCUAGGCAGACUCCGGACGGGUACUUACAUCCGAAGGAAUCACUUCGGGAAAUAAUUCAGCCGACCUCGGGUAUCGGUCAUCUAUGCGAGACCUCAACUCUGGACUCCGCUUUCUAUCUCGAAAUGCGAUAAUCGAAAGUCAAGCGGGACACGUAGCCUGCGUCGUCGUCAGCGCGUCCUCCAACUCGGGCGUGCCCUCGCGCGUCGCCAUUCACGGAUCUGACCUGUCUUGGCAUGAUCGGACUUCCCCACCAACCCGCGGCAAACGAGUCCGCUGCGCCUUCCACCUCCAUUGUCACCAUGGAGGCAAGAGAGGGAAGGAUAGGGAAUGCGUUUGCUUGCGAGCGGUGCAGGAAACACAAGGUACGUUGCGUACCAUCUGAGACCGCAGGAAUAUGCCAAAGAUGCCUGAAAGCCCGAGUGGAAUGUAUCGAACAUGUUGCGCGACGGCGGCCAGCAAAGCCCAGGACGGUCGUACAGACGCCAAAUCGAGUAGCUGAAAUGGAAAAACGGUUGGACAAACUGUCUGCCAUUGUUACCUCGACAUCUGCGCCUAGCUCGACGCCUCAACCUACGCUGCCUUCGGUAAACACCGUCCCUUCGCAGAUCGCCGACCCAACUCAGCGUACCCCAACGCCAGCAUCUGCCGCGCCAGUAGCGCCACCACCACCUAUUUCCAAACCUCCGAUUCUACCUAAUCCAGGUUCGACCCCUGAGUCGGCUCUGUCUUUUUGGGAGUCGAUCAAUGAUACUCUAUCUGGACUGGGACGCUUGGAUCCUGUGAUCCGAUCGAUCAGCGUAAUCCACAUGCAGCUGCUUCUGGAAAGCUACAAGAAUAUGGUCGACUUCUUCCCUUUCGUACCACUGCCGAAAGAGUGCUUUUGUCGGGACCUGAUUCAGCAACGUCCAAUGCUGAUGUUCGCGGUACUCACGGUAGCAUCCUAUGAUUCCGCUCUUCUGCAGCUCACCCUGAGCCGGGAGUUUCGGAAGGUCGCAACGGUCAAGAUCAUGAACGGCGAGAAGAGCUUGGAUCUAUUGCAAGGGUUGCUCGUGUUCAUAGCGUGGCAUCACCACUACAUGGAUGCGCAAGCGGUUUCCAUCCAGAUGCUCCUACAGAUGUGCAUCGGCAUCGCAGGUGUUCUCAGUCUUGACCGCAUACCGUCUUCAGCUAAGAGCCCGCUGCAGAGGAGUGACCCACGAGACAGAGAAGCUAAGAGAGCAUACCUGGGGUGCUACUAUUUAGCAUCGAACCUUGGUCUGAUGGACACAUGCAGGGCCCGCAGCAUACCGUACUCAACCGUCGUCCGUAGCUAUGCGUCAGACUUGGCGUCUGCUUGGGAGCAUAGAUCCGACGCCAUACUUCCCAUUCUCGUCGAUACAUGCCAGUUCAUGGAAGACGUAGAAGAGACGUUUCGCAAUCAGUCCGAGCAAGCUCUGGCCGCGAGAUCUCAGCUGAAGCGUCUUAGUGAUAAGUGGGAUAGCAUAUGGCUUGCCUCGAAAGCGCAGGCCAAUGAUUACAAAACGCUGCACUGGAUCGAGCUUACGGCUCGGAUAUAUCUCUAUAGAACCACGGCUGCACUAGAAUUUUCUGACCGAGAGAACACUCCGUGGGCAUCCGGCUUUCAGCUCUCGUUGCGCAUCUCGUGCCUCCGCUCGAUUGAGCAGUUUCUCGACAGCAGUCUCCAACUGUCUCCUAGUCAAUACGAGUUCCUCUCAAUAAUCGACUGGCUCAGCAUGAUCUCCGCGCUUACUACUCUCGGCAAACUUGCGCUACAUACCUCUCCAAUGUCUGGCUGGGAUCCGUCAGAACUUCAGCUUGGCAAGACGUUUGAGUACUUCCGCGAUCAGCUUUCCUCACAAAUGCCUCGCGCGCACGAUCCGCAAGAGAACAGUGAAGACCUGUUUGAACGGUUUAGGCGCAUAACAGCGAUUAUGAAGGUGGCAUUGAAGAACAGCCCCGGACGAGGGAGUCCAAACGGCUCAACUUUUGAGAUUGCCACGGGCUCUGGACGGACUGUGUCCCUCCUACAGGAAUUACCACCAAUGAAACCGAAUGGGAUAGUCAAUGGCGCGGAGUCGCUGCCUGCGCCAUGGAAGGUCAAUCCCCAGUUUGACAUGAGCAACAAUGAGUUUCUGUGGAAGUUUCUGAUGGGAAGUGUAUGAUCGGAUCGCUUCCUCCGCCCAGUAUAUCCACCCGGACCGACACCGGUGGAGCACACGCCGCUACCAUAGCCCUUUCGACCGGCAACCGCAAACGGCGUGAUGGCUCCUGGCUGCGACACCAUCUUCACUCCGACAGUCAAAGAGUCUUCCCGCUUACAGAUCGGAUGCUUA